AAAGCAUUUCUUAGCCAACCGUUGAAGUAAGAAGAAGUAUUUUUUCUCACCUCCCUGGGGCAGUUUUCUUUUCGUGUUUCCUGCUCGAACUGUGAAUAAUCAACCCCAGCAGCUUUAGAAAGACUGUAGCAGAGUGUAGCUGACCCUCCUCUUUCGAAGCUUUCUCCUGUCUGUAUUAUACCCGUUUUGUAGACGAAUUUCCAAUGUGAUUGCGCAUUUCAUGUCAAGGUAAUGCGGUUGAUUUUGACCACCUAAAGGAUCGUUUUUUCUUUGAUAUUCGGCUACAAUUACAUCGACAGUUGGUCGAAAAAAGGCAGAGCAGGAUGGAAGCUGAACCAAGAUCGAGCGCGUCGAGUUCCGAUGGAACGAAAACGCAGAAAUACAACAAAGUGACGACGACAUUGGAUCUUGGCUUCCGCGAUCUCUGUUUCACCACGGGCAAAGGGGAAAAGGCUAAGAGGAUCUUACACAAAAUGAGCGGUGCCUUCAAGUCGGGCCAGCUGACGGCCAUUCUAGGGCCGUCCGGAGCCGGGAAAACUUCUCUAAUGAAUAUUCUAGCCGGCUUAAAGACGAGUGGAGUGGAAGGUCGGGUCCAAGUGAACGGAGCCGAACGGGACUUGAAAAAUUUCCGCAAAAGGUCGGCGUACAUCACACAAAAGGACCAUCUGCUGUCCAACUUAACCGUCGACGAGUACAUGCUGGCUGCUGCCCAUCUAAAAUUAGGGAACGGCGUCUCUAAUAAUAAAAAAAAAUCUAUCAUAGAAAAUGUAAUGGCAACACUUGGGCUGAACGAAACUGGACAGACACGAAUCUCUUGUUUAUCUGGUGGGGAAUGCAAGCGACUUUCUAUCGCAUUGGAAUUGGUUAACAAUCCAACUAUUUUGUUUCUGGACGAACCCACCAGUGGAUUGGAUAGUUCAUCGAGUUUCCAAUGCGUCUCAUUAUUGCGUGACCUUGCCAGGAGUGGAAGGACUGUGGUUACGACGAUCCACCAGCCCAGUUCGAGAUUACUGGAACACUUUGAUCACCUCUACAUCGUCGCAGGGGGAUCGUGCAUGUACCAAGGACCUGUUCAAUCUCUCGUACCCUAUCUGCACACGAUGAAUUUGAACUGUCCCAGCUAUCACAACCCCGCUGACUUUGCAAUGGACAUAGCCAGCGGAGAAUACGGAGACGUUUUAUCCCGACUGGUAACCGGCAUAGAGAACGGACGACUCAUUUAUCAGGAAUCGCCGACGCCGACGCUGGCGUCGCCCUCGCUAAGCCACGGUAAUAGAAUAGAACAAAAUGAUUUGAAGUUAUAUUUAUGGUCUCAAAAAAAAAACGCCCAAAUGACAGAUACCGGAUUUUACGAUGAGGACGAAGACGUAAACAUGCUGGACGGAAAUAAGAAAAACAAAAAGAAAGAUAAAACUCAAAACGAAAGGCUGAUUUAUGCAGCUCCAUUUCACACACAAGUGGCCGUUCUUCUAGGAAGGACUUGGAGAACCAUUUGGCGAGAAAAAAUGUUGACGAUGCUCCGUUUCGCCGCCCACAUCGUCGUGAGUAUUCUAAUGGGCAUGCUGUACUGGCGGGUGGGCGACGACGCCGCCGUCAUUUACAACAACGCAGGAUUACUCUUCUUCAACCAGCUGUUCAUCCUUUUCGCCGCCAUGAUGCCGACUAUUGUGACGUUUCCGCUGGAGAGAAAAGUGCUAGUGCGGGAACAUUUGAAUCACUGGUACAGUCUCAAAGCCUAUUACCUGGCCAAAACGCUGGCCGACAUUCCGUUCCAGAUCGUCUUUCCUACUUUAUAUUUGGUGACCGUCUACUUGAUGACCAACCAGCCGAUGAGUAUCGAACGUUUCGGCAUGUUGCUGGCCAUCACCAUUUGCAUGUCGCUGGUAGCGCAAGGAAUCGGAUUAUUAGUCGGUGCGGCUUUCAGCAUCCAAGUGGCCGUUUUCGUGGCACCUGCAUGCGCCAUUCCGUUCCUGCUCUUCUCCGGCUUCUUCGUCAACCUCAACUCCAUUCCGCCCUACAUGUCGUGGAUCGCCGACGUCAGUUUCUUCCGCUACGCCUUCCAGGGCUCCAUGCUGGCCACGUACGGGUUCGAUCGGCCGCCGCUGGCCUGCUCUCAAGCCUACUGCCAUUUUCGCUACGCUCAAAAGUUUCUGGAACAGUUCGACCUCGGUCAAAGUUCCUACUACAUGUCUGUCGUCGGUUUGCUCAUCUUUUUCAUUUUGAUACGAGUGGCCGGCUACGUUGUCUUGCGCUUUAAACUUCGCCAUGUCCGCAACUGAGUUUGCUGCUCUGUUCUAUUUUUAGGAAUAAUCCGUAGCAGAAUUGUUUGAUAUUAUUGACGCAACACUGGAGCCCCUCCCCGAAAAAAAUGAAUAAAACGAUACAAAAUGAUAAA